AUGAAGUAUCAAACAGAAUAUCAGCGAAAUUUUCAAAAACGAACACCGAGACCAGUCGAUGAUUAUACAAAAGAAGAACGAAAAAUAAAUGAUGUACCAAUAAAACGUUCAUCUUCAUUAUCACCAGCUCGUCGUCGUGCUCAUUCAUCACCGAAUCGAAAUAAUAAUAACUUUGCGGUUAUUGGUCCAAAUGAGAAAUUUUCAAAUUCACAUCUUUAUCGACUUCGACAACCAGUUAAAGAUAAUACACGAGUGACUAAACCACGAGAAUAUGCAAUUUUAGGAAGAAAUGAAAAAUUUCAAGAAAAUACUGUUUAUCCAUUAAGAAAACCAGUUUUGGAUAAUUCGCCAAGAAUUCCAAUACAACGACAUAAAAGUGAAAAUCAUUCAUGUGGUAGUCAAACUGACUUGAAAAAAGCACCAUUUGUAUCAUUUGAUCCUCAAUAUGGUCGAGAAACUAUUCCUGUUCGAAAUCGUAUUGGCCCACAAAGUGAAUAUCAACAGCAAUUUCUCUGGAAACAACCAUUAGGAGAUUUAAUUAGUGAUCAAAUGCUUGUUGAAGAUUCGAAAGUGCGUGAUCGUCGUUCUGAUCCAAUAUUACCAUUUACUGUUAUUGAUCCUUCAGAAAAACUUCUCGCUGAAAAAACAUCUGUUCAAUUUAAUCUACCUGCACGUAGUGAAGUUGAUAGUGAAAAACCUAGACAACAAAUAAUAAAUCGUACAGCUCCUGGUCCAGUAACUUCGACUCAAUCAAGUAAAAAUCAAAUAAGUGAAUAUCAAUCACGUUAUAAACCAAUACUUGAUCAAAAAAAACCACGAACACGUAAAGCAUUCGAAGCUGAAGAAGCAGAAGAAAGAAAACGAAAAGAAAUUGCUAGAGCUGAACAUGCACAUACUGAUGAUGAAGGUGCUGAUAAUAAUUUGCAAUUUGGAAAAGAAUUUCGACAAAAACACCCACAGGGAACUUUAAGACGUUGGAAAUCUGAAUAUCAAACAACAUAUAAACCUUUCUGGCGUUUUGAUUAUAAAAAUGGAAAAUGGUAUAAAGAUGCUGCAACGGAAGAAACAGGUUUUAAUCCUAAUCUAUUCUGGUAUAAAGAAUUGAAAUCAGGACGAAAACGCGCUGAUGAAUAUCGUGCAAAUGCUGAAGCCGAUCAUUUCAAUCGUAAUCAUACUCUUCAAUUACAAACAGGUCAAGGUGGAAAUAAAAAUUAUCUUGCAUGGGAUACAAAUGAAGAUGAUACUGAAAGUGUCAUUUCUAUUGAUCGUGAUGCAGAACGUCAACGUCAACGUGAACAAGAAGCUAGACGACAAGUUGAUGAACGAAUUCAAUCUAAAAUUCACUAUCAACAAGCUCAAACUCAACAAAAUGAAAAACCAAGAACAAUUAAAUCUGAUCCAAUUGCCCAAAGUGAUCAUCAAGUUGAUCGUGUUAUUUAUAUUGAUGAACCAGCACCAAAAGCACCAAGUGUUGCAACAAAAGCAUUUGUACGUAAUCUUAAUUCUUCAUCUGUUCAACAACAUAUGUUAUGGGAUUCUGAAAGUCUAUAUAGUCAACGAACAAAUUCGGAUCUAGGUUCUGAAUCGAAUACCGCUAGAGAAUUACAGCGAAAACAUUAUACAGAUGAUGAAUCAAAUAUUAGCCGAAAACCAACAUCAAAAAUACAAGAAAAUCGAAGUACUAAUACAAAUUCACCUACAAUAAAUGACAGAAGAACUGAGCAAAAUGAUAUUAUUCGUCCAUCAACAAGUUUUCAUGACACUCGACAUGCUGCUGGUAGAUCAAGUUAUGAUACUCAUGUAUUUGAUAAACGUCCAGCACCAGCACGACCUCAUACUAGUAUGAAUGAUUAUCAUACAUAUAAAUUUGAAUCACAAGAUUAUGUACCAGCAUCAAAUCCUUCAUUUCAAAGUCAUCUCAAUAGAUUGGAUGAACGUUUUGGACAGACAUAUAAUGCUCGUAAUAAAGAUGAUGAUGUUCUUUCGAUUCAUUCUGCACGAUCCUUAUCAUCAAGUUGUAGUUUAGCAUCUCAAACAUUGGAACGUGCUCAACAGAAUAUGAACAAAUAUUGGGGUGAACAUUCAUCAAAUUCGGUUAAUGCAUCUAAGAAACCAUACAGUGCCAGACAUUAA